AUGACGACUGACUUGAUGUGUGAGUACGCGCACGUGCAAUUCAAAAUUUCAGAUUUUUGGUCAUCUUAAACCUUUUAGCGCAUCCGAUCAUUCUUCUUGCAUGAUUCCAAUCAAGCAUCGCUGUCAAAAAUAAUGAGUACAAAGACGAAAAGAGAACGCAACGGAUCGAUAUCUGGUGGAGAAGAAGGGGAAGAUGGAUAUUCAACAUCUUCUUCUUAUGCUCCUUCGGCAAUUGAUGUUUCUUUCAAUUAUGUUGCACCGACAGAGAUUGACUUCAUGGCAUUAAAGAGACUUAUACAACAACUUUAUCAUACUCAUUCGACUGAUUUGGUUCUAGGACCUCUAUCGGAUCAUAUCAUUCAGCUUGGAAGACAAGAAGCAGGAGAUUCAGCAAUUGGAACUGUGGUAAAAGUUGAAGAUGAUGAAGAUGGAGAUCCGUUUGCAUUCGCCAGUGCGUUGGAUCUUUCAAACAAAGAGAGCGAAGCUUCAAAGACAUUGUUGGCAUACUAUAAUCGAGUUUUGACACCUUCAUCCAAAGCUGCUUCUUCCAUCUCAUCUCUACUGCAAUCCAGUGAUGCACGAGUCUUGCAAAUCUUUCAUGAACGUAUGAUCAAUAUGCCACCACAAAUCAUGCCACCGCUAUACAAGAUGCUGUUUGAAGAGAUUCAAUCCAGUCAGCAAACUCCAACGCAUCUACUCUUCUUUUCUCGGGUAUUCUCAACAGAAGCAUUCUCAGAUGGAGAAGAAGAAGAGGAAGGUCCUUCAUCACGAUCAGGAAAUGGCAAACAAAAAGGAAAGAAGGCAAAAAAGACAAAACCACUGAAUAAAGCCAUUACCAAAAUGUCAACAGGAGCAAGCGCAGAAGAAGAAGUUGGAUUGUUCCAUCCUGAAGAUGCUUUCAUCGCAAAUCAUGCUUUGCAUACAUUCACCUUUCGUUUUCCCGCUGUGAAGGAUUCAGAUGAUAGCUUUAAUGCACCAAUGUAUGGUCGAAUUGCUAUUAUCAAAAAUGAUCCUCAAACGCUACAAAAGUUGUUGGAAGAGAUGAAUACAGCAUUUGCAAUUCCUACUUAAUCUCUCACAUGUAUUAUAUCAAAAUCUUAUCAAUUCAUC